ACUCAAAAACAAGCUAGGGAGGGAGGGAGUUCACUGUUCAGCUGAGGAAUUGGAAGUGAAACUCGCAUGUAAACUGUCCACGAAAAAAAUACCAUUGCAAAUAAUUGCACUGGAUGGCUGGUAGCUGUACAGCUCUAAAUGCUCUGUGCCGAGAUUUUCCUCUGUACACAGCAGUAAACGUCGAUUUAUGUGUGUUAUCACCAGUGUGCAGAGAUGGACUUGGACCGUCAAAAGCGCCAGGAGGGCAUACAGAACGCCCUGGGAUUCAUACAGUCUUCUUUGCCUUAUCCAAAGCCUGAAGGCUAUAAGGGGUUUCUGACCCAGUUGGUGUGUAACCUGCUGGAUGAGGGGAAUGCAAUGUUCAGGGAGGGUGAGUGGCAGCAGGCCAUAAAUGACUUCAGUGAGGGUGUUAACGUGACCCACUAUGCUCAGGCUGAGACUCUGGAAAUCCCAUCAGCCCUGCUGGAGAGUCUGUAUUUCAACAGGGCAGCAGCCUACCACAGCAUGGGGGAGUAUGAGCAGGGUGUGCAGGACUGUGACAGUGCGCUGGCUCUGUGCAAAGACAGUUGCAGGGCACUCUACAGGAAGGCUCUAUGCCUGCGGGAGCUGGGCCGUUUCAGAGAGGCCUACAACUGCAGCACGGGCUGCCUGCUCACUACGCCUAAUGUGCCUGGUGCAUGCGGUGAGGUCCAGCAGUGUGCACUACACUAAGAUCCGCCCGCUGUACACCCAGUGCCAGUUGGACGUGUGCCGCCAUGCCCAGCGCUAUGGCUGCCAGCGAGAGGACAGCUGCUCCUUUGCCCACUCCGUCAUAGAGCUCAAGUGCUGGAGGCUGCAGAAAGACUCUGGCAUCACUCAUGAAGAAAUUGUUCAGGAAUCCAAGCGACACUGGCAUAAACAGGAGCAGAACACRCACAAACCCAAGCCCGUGUACAUGCCACCACCAUCUUCAUCCUCAAGUGGUGGAGGUGGGGGAGGAGCCUAUAUCUUGAACCUGAAGUGGAAGUUUGUCUGUGGUCAGUGCUGGAGGGACGGGCUGGUCAGCGAGCCGGACAAAGCGCUUAAGUACUGUACAGCCAAGGCCAGGCACAAUUGGACGAAGGAGCGCCGGGUGCUGUUGGUGAAGUUCUUYGAGGGAAAGAAGUGGGUGAUGGUGCGGACGUUGCCUUUUGCCAAGACCUACCCCCAGCAGUAUGACAUAUGUGCCCAUGUGGUGAAGCAGAAGAAGUGCCACUACAUUGGGAACUGUGCCUUUGCCCACAGUGAAGAGGAGAAGCAAGUAUGGACUUAUAUGAAGAACAAUGGCUUGAAGGAUAUGCAGCAGAUGUACGACAUGUGGCUUACAAUGACGAAUCAAAACCGUUCGCCGGAUGACACCCUGAUCACCCAACCCGUAGAGGAGAAGCAAAUUGUCAUGCCAACCGACUAUGCCGAGCCAAUGAGCGGCUUCCAUUGUCGUCUGUGUGGGAAGCAUAGUAACAGUGAGCGCCAGUGGCAGCAGCACAUCUCCUCAGAGAAACACAAGGACCGUGUAUUCAGCUGCGAGGGAGAGGACGAGAGCCUCACCUGGACAUACCGCUUCCCCGGACUCCGCCUCGCCCUUUGCCCCAGGCUGGAGAGUGGCUGUCCCGAGGGGGUGAGCUGUGACUACGCCCACAGUGUUGAGGAACUGGUGGAAUGGCAGGAGAGGCGAGAAUUCCUGCGGCGUAAGCUGGCCAAGGCCCGUGAAGACAUGCUCAUCAUGCCAGACGAGUUUGACUUUGGGAAGUACAACUUUCUCCUGCAGGACUGAAGCCCCUGUCCCCUAUGUGAGACACUUUCACCUGUAAAUAGACAGCAGUCGUCUGUUUUGUUGAAAACCCUGGGGGGUAUUUUCUUUAUUAGUUAACAGUUGAUACAGUUUAUACCUGUUUGAGCUGGUUAGGACUGCAAGUGCCUUAUUUGUCCAAUAUUUUCAAAAGGGCUUAACAAAUGAGAUCUCGUCUCCGAAUUUGAGUGGGGGAAAAAGUAAUUUAGCACUGCCAUUUAACAAAACAGUACUGACCAAAUAUCUCCAUUAAUAGUCUGUUUAAUCUAUAUAUGUCUUUUUGGGGGAUAUUAAGAAUUAAUUUAUGCUUCCAUUCUGAUGGGACUCUUUAUACAACCCUCAAACUUUUGCAACAUUACAUUUACAUUUAAGUCAUUUAGCAGACGCUCUUAUCCAGAGCGACUUACAAAUCAACAUCAAAUGAAAACCGAUUUUGCUGGAAGGCAAUCGUUAUUCACUUUCACUUUGAGUGGGGAUGUGUCUUAUGCCAAUUUAAAGCUGCAGUGUGUAACUUUUUGACCUGAGCAAAUUCACCUAGAAAUGUUAGUUAUAGAGUGGUCAUUCUCAUUGAAAGAUCUGUUCUAUGUGCCCUAUUUCUAUGCCUAAUGUUCUUAAGUUUUAUUUUUGAUUCUUUUGUUUUUGUACACCAGCUUCAAACAGCUGAAAAUACUAUAUUUUUGGUUAUUGGAAAGAUAUUUCACAACAAUUUAGAUGGUACAAUGAUUCUCUACAUUGCUUGUUUUGUCACUAACUGAAAUUAGGCAAAGUAUUAGAAGUUUAGCAGUGUUUCUCCUAUAUUCAGCGGUGGUGGCUCACCGCUGCUAAAUUGUUGCCACUGCUCAAAAAAAUAUGAUAAACAUUUUCGGGCUGGUUAAACAUUUUCAGUGUAAACAUAAACAACUAAACCAGAUAUAAAGUAUGUAGAAAAUAUAUAAUGGAGCUAUAUAUUUUAAAUAAGAUCAUUUUAAGAACAACCACCAAAAUAAAAACUAGAUAGUCAGGGAAAAUCUCAAAUUCAAAACAUUUUAUGGAAUUUGAUUUGAAGUCACUCCAAUAGCAUAACAUGUUGUAAGCCAUGGCAAAAUGUGUAGAAUUUCAGAAAAUUUGCUUUAAAACUGCACAUUUUCUGUGUGGUCCAGCGGCACACGUAUAUGCCGGAGUUGGUGUGGGUUUGAAACCGGCCCACUGCCCUUAGGGUGAUUCAAUCUUUCCUGUCUUUCACAUUGUACUAUCUCUUCAAUAAAGCAAAAAUUACAAAAGGAAUGGGACUGCCACACUC